CGAUUAGACGAGCGGUCGGUUCAGCUCGGGAUUGAGACUUUAAAUUUAAUUAGUGCUCAUUGGGAACACCUAUUCUUUUUUGGAACCCGAAAAAAAAAAAAAAACCUGUGACCUUUUCCCCUGGUGACCGACGUGAAGAGUUAUGAAGCUCGGUGAGCUUCGCGUUUUCUCUUGAAUACGGGUUUCUUUGCGAUGCAGAAAGCGUUGAAGAAGUAUUUCGUAAACAUGGACGAGUACCUAGCUAGUCUCGGUUUGUACCGAAAAAUGAUGGCUCGGGACGCGUCAUGUUUAUUCCGAGCUGUUUCUGAGCAGCUAUAUUUCUCUCAGAAUUACAAUUAUAAAGUAAGAAAAGACUGCGUCAACUUCAUGAGGGCGAAUAAAUGCAUCUUCGAACCUUUUGUUGAAGGGUCUUUUGAGAAGUAUUUGGAGCGUUUGGACGACCCCAAGGAAACUGUAGGGCAAGUGGAGAUUAAGGCUUUGUCUCUGCUUUACAGGCGGCACUUCAUCAUUUAUAGGUACCCUGGGAAGUCACCAACUGAGAUUGGAGAGGAGAACUUUGCUAAGAUUUUGCUCUGUUGCUCAAAUAAUGGCCACUAUGACAUUGUGUACCCAAGGACCUACCCAGUAAAUGCAGCAAUAUGCCAGUCCCUGCUAUACGAGUUGCUGUACAUUCAUGUUCUGGGCAUUGAAGAGGAGGAUCUUCAUAUGGCACUGGAUGGGUUCAGAGGAGGAGGGAGGCGCUAUAGAAACAGUCUCUCUGGGUGUAGUGAGGAUGCUGGGUAUGAUCCACUUGAGGACAGUGCUCUCAGUAUGCCCUACAUUAAUAGAGAGGAAUGGGAGCUAAGUGGUCACAACCGCUCAGAGGAAAAAGCUAAAACUGGAACUGAAGACCAAAAGGUUACAGAUGGGCCAACCAGGCUUGUUCUUCCCUACAAGGUACUGAAAGCGUUAGAGCCGGAGUUGUACCGCAAUGUGGAGUUUGAUGUGUGGCAUGACAGCCGCAAAGAACUCCAGAAGACUGAUUAUAUGGUGUUUGCUGGUAGACAGUAUUUCUUAGGGGACAAGUGUCAGGUACGUUUGGAUCCAAAGGGGAAGUACUACAAUGCUUUCAUCCAGGAGGUAGGGAAUCAUCCCAGUGCUGUGACUGUGUUCAUAGAAGAGCUAGGUGAAAAACAUUUGGUGUCCUUGACUAAUCUGAAGCCAGUGAAUCCUGUUCCAGCAUGGAAUAUUACACCAAGCAGGAAGAGCAAUUCCUACAACAAUGCUGAACAGUACACAGGAGACCUGGACCCUGAGCUGUGUGUGAGGCGCAGAUUCCUCAAGAAGUCUCGAGGUAAAGAGGUGUUGUUGACCAUGUCUUAUGCCCGCCCUCAAGCUGGCCUUCCUCCACGUCUACAACCUUGUCCAGGAAACCUGGCACCUGUGCGUGGUCCAGGAGUACAAGGCCAUGCUUCAUCUCAAACGGGUGUGGCCUAUGAGCACUAUCGCCAACACUCUCCAAGACCACAACGUGGAUAUGGUCCAUCCAGAAGCUCAGCACGUUUCUUGAAUAGACACCAUUUUAUUGGACCUGAGAUGGCCUACUAUGCCAGCCCUAGUAAACGCUGUUACCAGAGUUUUGACAAUUAUUCAUUCAAGUCUCGCAGAAGCAGGCGUCAGAUGCAAUCCGUAAAUAAGGAGUGUCAGUUUAGCUUUGUUCCAGAGUCUGGAGAGGAUGCAGAGGACUUGGAGGGGAGCAUCACAUUCUAUGAGAUGGAGGAGGCAGAUGAGAACGCUUUUUCUCCUGGACAAGCUGUUGCAAGUACCAUGGUUCCUGGUGCUGCUGCUUACUGGGUACCACAUGGCCCAAGCCCUAUUCCACCAGGCAAACAGCCCAUAACAUCAUCUGAGGAGGAUCCUGAUGAGAGAAGCACCACUGGAGGCCAUGGAGAAUACUCAGAGGAGUAUAUAUUUUCUGCUACUGAUGCAGGAUUUCAGCGUCCAACCGUUUACACUGCUGAGUCUAGUGCUAAUCUGACAAUUCAAGAGGGUGGAUCGCGUGCUGGAUCACCACAAGAGGGCGUUGCUACCUAUAGUUACUCACAACAGGUAGUGGUGAAAUCGGCAGUCAUUUCUUCCUCUCAGCCAGUCAACUCUGCCCCAGCUGCCAUUUUUACCUCUAACUCCUCUCCUACUUCCUCAAGCGUGAGUUCUCAGAGCUCUCCAAAUCACCUGCAGGCUUCAAACAUCACCCCAGGACAACCACCACCCCUACAUGCAGUCAGCAGACCAGCAUGUCCGUGGCUUGGGAAUGAAAUGGGAGAACCUGUCACUGUAGCCCCACCCCCACCUUACUCUUAUGACCCCAAUGGCAGUGAUCUACCUAGAGAUUGCAAAGUUCUUCAAUACUUUUUCAACUUGGGUGUGCAGGCUUAUCAUCAGACCUACUGGCACUCCAUGGUGCACAUUCAGCAGAUGUACCCACAGCCUUGUGGGGAGCCCCAGUUUCAGCCUUAUCCAGGGCCUGGUGCAUCUGCAAGCCCAGACCACAUGGUGCCCCAGACAUACACGGAAUCUGCCCGUUCGUGCCCACCCACUCAGGGUGAGACACCCAGCAAUGGCCCUACUAUGACUGUGGAGUCACCCACUGUGGUAGCACCAGGCACUGCGUUUUUUCCUUUGGUACAGGAGCAGUGCCAGCCAUCUUUGCACCCAUCCUUUGAGCCGUACAUGCCUGUGCUUUCCACCACCUACCACUACCUUACACCCUGGACUCCUGGGCCCAUCCCGAAUCCACGCUUUCACCACACACAGUAUUGUCCCUCCUCCCACACUCAUGUCAACUACAUUGCCACACCUUCCCCCACUGCACACUUUAUGGCCCCUGCACAGUUUGUGCCCCCUGGUAUGUAACUUUUCACUGUCCUGGUUUAAAUCACCAUGUCACAUAACACUUUUUCCUUAUUUAUACCUUCAAGCUGUGUUCACCCAUUUUUGCACUUGUUUGGGUUUUGAAUAAAUGUUAAAUAUUGGUUUGCUGUUUCUCUUAUUAAAGAGUUAAGUUUCCCUGUAUGUUACGUAACCAUU